AUGCUAUCCUCCAAGAUGAUGAGCUCUAAUCCUGAGGAAGACCCUUUGGACACAUUUCUCCAGUAUAUUGAGGAUAUGGGGAUGAAAGCCUAUGAUGGCUUGGUUAUUCAGAAUGCAUCGGACAUUGCUCGAGAGAAUGAUCGCUUGAGAAACGAAACAAACCUGGCCUACUUGAAGGAGAAGAAUGAAAAACGCCGGAGACAAGAAGAAGCAAUAAAACGCAUAGGUGGAGAAGUGGGACGGGGCCACGACGGCACUUACGUGGGCAAACACUUCCGCAUGGGAUUCAUGACCAUGCCUGCUCCUCAGGACAGACUCCCCCAUCCUUGCUCCAGUGGCUUUACCGUGAGGUCGCAAUCCCUGCACUCGGUUGGGGGCACAGAUGAUGACAGCAGCUGUGGCUCCCGGAGACAGCCACCACCCAAACCCAAGCGAGACCCCAGCACCAAGCUGAGCACAUCCUCGGAGACGGUCAACAGCACACCUGCCAGUAAGAGUGGGAAAGCCCCUGAGCGGACCGAAGUGUCGGCCAAACCAAGACCCCACAGUGAUGAAUAUUCAAAGAAGAUUCCUCCUCCGAAACCGAAACGGAACCCCAACACUCAGCUUAGCACAUCUUUUGAUGAAACGUAUAUCAAAAAGCACGGGCCCAGGAGGACGUCGCUCACGCGGGACUCUUCCCUGUCCCAGGUCAGCAGUCCGGCGGGGGACCCCGAGGAGGAGGAGCCCGUGUACAUCGAGAUGGUGGGGAACAUUCUCAGAGACUUCAGGAAAGAGGAUGACGACCAGAGUGAGGCCGUCUACGAGGAAAUGAAAUACCCCAUUUUUGACGAUCUAGGCCAAGACUCCAAAUGUGACCUUGACCAUCACAGUUGUUCUUCGCAGUGUGCUACUCCCACGGUGCCUGACUUGGACUUCGCCAAGUCCUCAGUGCCAUGUACUCCAAAGGGUUUGCUUUGUGACAUCCCCCCGCCCUUUCCCAACUUGCUCUCCCACAGACCCCCGCUGCUGGUGUUCCCGCCAGCUCCUGUGCAGUGCUCCCCCAACUCCGAUGAGUCUCCGCUCACCCCGCUGGAGGUCACAAAGCUUCCUGUGCUGGAAAACGUGUCUUAUAUGAAACAGCAGGCCGGAGCAUCUCCAUCCUCGCUGCCCUCUCAUGCCCCCGGCCAUGCUAAACUGGAGAAAGACCAGACCGGAGCCCUAGGACCUGUUCCUGCUGCUUCUGUGCUCUCCUCGUCCCCUCCCCCGCCGUCCACUUUGUACCGAACGCAGUCUCCCCACGGCUACCCUAAAAGUCACUCGGCCUCCCCAUCCCCGGUGAGCAUGGGGAGGUCCCUGACGCCGCUCAGCCUCAAAAGGCCUCCGCCCUAUGAUGCCGUGCAUUCAGGCAGCCUCUCAAGGAGCUCUCCAUCAGUGCCUCAUUCGACCACCAGACCGGUGUCGCAAGAUGGGGGCAAGAUGGUCAACGCUGCGGUGAACACCUACGGGGCGGCUCCGGGCGGCUCCCGGUCCAGAACACCCACGAGUCCCCUGGAAGAACUAACCAGCCUCUUUACCUCGGGACGAAGCCUGCUGAGGAAGUCGUCCAGUGGCCGCCGUUCCAAGGAGCCUGCCGAGAAAUCGACAGAGGAGCUGAAAGUCCGGAGCCACAGCACAGAGCCGUUACCAAAGCUGGACAGCAAAGAGAGAGGGCAUCAUGGGGCAUCUUCCUCCAGAGAGCCUAUCAAAGCUCAGGAAUGGGAUGGAACACCAGGGCCACCUGUGGUCACCAGUAGACUGGGAAGAUGUUCUGUGAGCCCCACCUUGUUAGCAGGAAACCACAGCUCAGAACCGAAAGUAAGCUGCAAACUCGGCCGGUCUGCGUCCACAUCAGGUGUGCCCCCUCCGUCAGUUACUCCUCUCAGGCAAGCCAGUGACCUGCAACAGAGCCAGGUGGCAUGCAUGCAGUGGUUUCAUGGAGACCAUACAAUGCUUGAGAUGAUUGAGAAAAAACGUUGCUUGUGCAAAGAAAUAAAGGCUAGACAGAAAAUGGAAAAGGGCCUUUGCAAACAGGAUAGCAUGCCUAUACUACCCAGCUGGAAGAAGAAUGCAGGUGCAAAGAAGUACAGUCCUCCACCCUAUUCCAAACAGCAAACGGUAUUCUGGGAUACUGCCAUUUGA